GUUUGGUGGCGACAAUUCCGAUCCUUAAGUCCGGCAGCCGCCGGUGGCUAUUUCUAGAAUUCCGGUCAUCCUUCCGAUUUUCAAUCCUCAAGCUCUAGCGUUGCAAGUCGUCUACCACAAGUUGGUUUCCUGCGAUUCCACCCUCCUAGGGUUUUUGGGGCGCCAUGACUUUUUCAGACGAAGAGGACGAGAACCUGGCAUACUUUUUGGAAUCGGAGGUUCUCUCUGAGGUCUCUGAUCAGGAAGAAGAAAGUUUGGAGGAGCCCAAAGCAAAGAGAAAGCGAGUGGUAGUGGAGGCGGCUGAGAUUACCGAGGAAGAAACCGAGAAAAAUUCUAGUCCAUCGCUGGAGUCUAAGAACGAUAAUAUCAACAAUAGCGUAGCGCCUAAAACUAUCGAAACUGGAUUUUUCAGCAAAAUCCCGCCUGAACUUUUUCAUCAUAUCCUUAAAUUUCUCUCCUCCGAGGACCUCGUUUCUUGUUCAUUAGUCUGUAAAUUUCUAAACUAUGCAGCAUCUGAUGAAGCAUUAUGGCGUCGCUUGUACUGUAUGCGUUGGGGUCUGCUUCCGCCUACAAGGAAAUUAACGGAAUGUCCAUGGAAAAAGCUAUACAUCCAGCGUGAUGAAGAGGACAUGGCUGAACUUGUGAGAAACUGCUCAAAUGAAUUUAAAGAGUAUUACAUACAAAUGCAAGCAGCUAAACGAAGCCAAGCACCUCUUCCUUCACAGUUGAAAGAUGAUAGGAUGAUUCUUGACAAAACGGUAGCUGAUCAAGUGUCUUCAUGGAAAAGAAGCAGAGGCCUCAGUGAUACAGUGGUGACUGAUCAUGCUUGCUCUGGCGAAACUUGCUCUUACCAUCAUAUUGGAGAUGUAUUUAUUUGCGAGAAGACUGGACAUGUUCAUGUAUGUGAUGAUACAUGUAGAGAAGUUGUUAUGGACCCGGCCAAUGAGCUUUUGGUCUGUACAAUAUCGGGGCACUGUUUUGAUAGAUUACUGUCACCAUCCGAAAUGGAGCCUGAUGCUGAGCAGCAACAAGGAGGUGUGACCGAUGAGGCAGAACCAUUUAUGGGAUCUGGUCGUUUUGCACGAGCUUAUUUACUGGGAUAUAAUUGUGCUGAUGAGAAGGAGCUUGAAGCUACUUUGAGGUUUUGCUGAUUCCCAUAUUGAUCUGCUGUAUGGUGGGGGUUUUGUCGUGGGCUCGUGGGUACGGUUUAAAUGAUCAAAUUUAUGGAUGUGUCUACCUAUUUUAAUUAUAAAAUAGAUAGAUAGAUGUUUUCCUAUAUUAAGACGGUGACUUGUGAUUAUGGAGGCUCACCCAGCGUAUGAAUUUAUGAUUAGCCUUGUAAUACUUUGCAGCUGUUAUUCCUUGUUAAUAGACAUUUGCUUUAAUGUAUAGUUGAAUCCAUUGUAGACGCUUUCUUCCCCAGUUAUUGCUUACGGUAGUUUGAAAGAGAGAGGGAAUUGUUGCUAUUUGGGCUGCUA